CUUGGGUAUACUUGGUAAGGUAGGAACUAGGAAAUAACCUCGAGUACACGAUGUCUACUCCGCAAAAUACUGGACUGUCCUUUGGAACGCCAAAAUCUACAACAGGACUUACUGGUUUGACGUUUGGUACUCCAACCACCAUGGCUGCUGGAACCGGAUUUGGUCUUGGCGGUAGCAUGACAGCGACAACAACAUCGAUAUCUAUAGCAUCCAGUCUGCCAAGUUUUACAAAUCUGACAAACAGCACAACACCUAUGCCUACAGCUUCGGGACUCUCUUUUGAUCCUACAAAAGUAUCUACACCCACAACUACAGGAUUUUCUCUUGCAACAACCACAACACCAGGUUUUAGUUUUGGCGUUGGGAUGUCAAAACCUAUGACAGGAGGAUCCACUGGCUUGACUUUUGGUACUCCUAAUGUUAUGGCUCCUGGAACUGGAUUUGGUCUCGGCAGCCCAAUCGCAACAACAACGUCUUCAACAGUUAGUGUUCCAAGCUUUAAUCUUCCAAGCAGUACUGUUCAGACAUCUGUGACACCAGGAUUAUCAUUUGAUGCAUCAAAAUCAGGUACUACUACAACUGCAACAACAGGAUUUGCUCUUCCAACAACUACAGCGGGAGGAUUUAGCUUUGGAGGUGGAACAACGACUACUACUACAGGAUUUCCUUUGAGCAAAACAACUUCAGCUACUAUUUCAACAAGUCUAGCAGCACCCUCUACUCAUACCUCAUUAGAAACCACAACCACUGUUAGUUCUGCAACUGGCAUUCAAUCAGGAGCUAUUAAUUUCUGUCAAUUGGAGGAAUCGAUUAAUAAAUGGACCUUAGAAUUGGAGGAACAAGAGAAAGUAUUUGUGAAUCAAGCAACACAGGUUAAUGCUUGGGAUAAAUUGUUGAUAACAAACGGAGAGAAAAUAGUGACUUUGAAUCAAGAGGUUGAAAGAGUGAAAGUUGAACAACAACAAUUAGAACAGGAACUGGAUUAUGUCGUUGGGCAGCAAAAAGAAUUACAAGAAUGUCUAGUACCAUUAGAAAAAGAGUUAGCGUCUCUUUCUGUCUCGGAUUCUGAUCGAGAAUACACGUAUCGUUUGUCAGAGAAUCUCGAUACACAAUUAAAACGCAUGUCAGAGGAUUUGAAGGAAAUAAUAGAGCAUUUGAACGAAGCCAAUCGUGCUCAAGAUUCUAGCGAUCCUAUCGUUCAAAUUGGAAAAAUCUUGAAUGCCCACAUGAACAGUCUACAGUGGUUGGAUCAACAAACGGCUUUACUAAGCCAGAAAAUACAACAAAUCGAUCAAAUGCAUCAAAGCUUUAGGCAAGAGAGUGAACAGAAUUUACAUUUAGCUUAUAAUUGAAUUAUUUUAUACAUAAACUGUAGGAAUUAUUUUUUUUAAUGUAUCAUAGAAUUAAAGAUUAAUGAAA